UGAGAGGUAAACAGUAAGUUUACGAUGGAAAUUCGAGGUUCAUAUGAGUGUUAGCGUUAAUGGAAACACAAAGUGUAUUUGUUCUGGCCACUGUUCUCUCCAUGCGUGACAAAUUCUGUUAUCCUUGUUGUACUCGGUGUCGUAAAAAAGUCCACACUCGAGAGAAUGAAUUGACAUUCUGGUGUGAACGAUGCCGGGAGAUGUACAGGACAGAAAGUGUUCAAUAUCGAUACAGGAUCAGUGUUAUGGCGGCAGACAGAACACAGCUGGGGCAGGUCACAGUGUUCGGAAGCUGUCUGGACAGGUUUUUUGGCACAACUGCGACAAGCUUCAUGAGGCUGGUGACCAGCUUAUCCACUGUACCUUCUACCAUCCCAUGGAGUCGUGUCGUGUACCAAGCCAUGGAACAAUGCUUUGUGGGGUCUUUAUUGCACUUCGGCUUCAGGGUUUCUCCACCCUGCAGGAGAGGUUCAAAAAUUUCUCACAGCUCUCCAGUUAACCUCAAGAACAUUGUCAGAAGGAUACCAAAACCAGACAAAACCAGCCACCAGGCAGGAGAGCUUCCCAGCCUCUUAGCCUGUCAGGUGCUACCCUCGUCAGAACAGAGCCCCACCGUGAUGCAAAUAUUGAAGGAGUAUGAAAACGAGUUAAAAAGAAUUACCACUACCCCUCACCCAUUAAGUCCAAUACCCUCUCAGCACUCUCUAUUGCUGGACUCUCAAACAAGUUACAAACUUCCAGAGUGCUUUUCAUCCAACAAGAGGGCAUCAUCCAUUUACUGCUCACCGCAUGAGUUUGGCUCCAUGAACGCACCUCUGGUACUCACUGGCUUCUCUCAAUCUCCCUCUGACAGUGCUCCAACAUCUGACAGUGGGCGUGCAACCAACAACAAGGAGAGAAGGAAAUUACAACGACCCUUGUCAGGGGAAAUUGGUUCAUCUUUAACUCUUAACGACAAAGGCAACGGAAAAAAACUGCACAUCUCUAAUCAGAUGCAGUCAGGUACCCCAGGAAUCUUGCUUAACACAAAUCCCAAUGAAGACCUAAGAGAUCUCCAUCUCUCGGCGGGAUGGCAGGAGUAUGACGACUUUCCAUCAUCGGAGGAUCUGAGCGCAUUCUUAGCUGAUUUGGAAAAGGACGAUCGACAGUCGCUGCAAGCCCUAAACUCCGAGAAACCCGCUAGUCUUUUACAAUCCUUGUAUCCAGAUGCAACGUUUGGAGAGGUAGUAAAUGAGUGUUGCUUGCUUGAUUCUUCACGCUCAAGAGAUUACAGAGAAUUCACUGAUUUCCCUUCCUCUGAGGAUUUGGACGUAUUUUUGGCUGAUAUGGAGCUCGACUAUGGAAGUGUGCUAAUUCGGAAACCUUUAACACCAAAAAUAACCACGGUAUCUACCGCGCAAAGAGAUGAUAUAGUAUCGUCAAGGGCGGAUCAUUCGCCCUGCUUGGAUGACACCGCUUACAGCUCUGAAGCUUCAGAUUCGCAAUUUUUGCGAGAUUGUGAAACUGUUUUCGCCGAGUUGACGGGAAACAACAGUACUGAGAACGUCAGAGUGGAAAGUAAAUCUGUUUGUGUUUUGCCUGAAAGCCUAAUCCCGAACAAAGGACGAGAACAAAACCACGCUGAAGAAACUGGUGAAUAUGACAUCAAUCGUACCACACCUGGGAGGUUUCAACAUAAGAAUAAAACACAUGACCGUAUUACCUUGACCGACCUAAAAGUCAAUCAAACCAGCAACGGAAAGUGUAUAUCUUCUGAGCACUGUGGUUACAGUGAUGUGUCGAUGUCAAAUGAUAGUUGUGACAUUUUUUCCACUGUAUCUUUGACUCCUGAUUUAUUUACUCAGUCGCUCUGUUCCUCAGAGCGUGGAUCUGGGACACCAGAUCUCUCCUCGAGUCCAACACGAAAAGUGGUCAAAUUUCAUUCUCGGUGCGCGAACCACAACAUGACACCUAACUCGUCUUCAUUUGAAGGAGGUUUCAGGGAUUGCACCAACUCGUGCAGUGUGCACGAGCUGAAUUCCAUGUCUCUGUUCUCGAGUUCUGACACUUCUUUUAUUUCACCUGUUUCUUCACCUUUGCGCCGCACCGGUCAAGGAGCCUCGUGUCCAAGUUCAGCUCAAGGAAACGAGGCUGCCUCGCUGCCGAACGUAGGACACGCUGAUGUUGGAAACGACUUCGACACGGAUUCGGUGGCUGCUAGUUUCCAUUCAACGCCUUACAAUGUUUUUAAUAACUCCAAACUAGUAAGGAAAUCAUGGAGUACAAUUCAAGUCUCUCCGUUGUCAUCCAACUCGGGAUCAAAAUCCCGUCGUGAUGUCAAUUGCCAAGGGACACCAGUCCUCUUCUCGCAGGUCUCCAACAGCAGUUUCUGAAAUGUAAAAUUACUCACAGGAUUCAUGCAUAGAUUUCAUGCGUAAAUAUCUCAUGAAAACAUUCCUAUUAGAAAUGGAAAACCAAAACGAGCGUAAUCACAAAACCAAACUAUAAAGCGUGGGAAAACGCGGCUGGCCAAUUAGAGAUUCGUUCUGACGAAGAGCUAACGCUCGAAACGUCAGCUUUUUACGGUGGCCAAUUUACAA